GCUCCUCAAUUUUAAAGUUCUUGAAUCGGCGAAUUCGAAGCUUAGAAUCAGAUCCUUUCGACCCACAGCCAAGGAUGUGAUAUGAAUAGGGUCCUACUGGGGGCGGCUAAACAUCAAUAUCCCCUACGAAUAAAUCGUUUCCGCGCGUUUGUAAGGAGAUUUUGUUUUUUUCUUGGGAUUGCCUGCCUAGAGGGCCAAUUUAAUCAAUCUCAAAUCAGCCCAGUUCCACUCUCCCCGCGUUCGAAAGAUGCGGGUGAUAUAAAUUUAAGGAGAUCAGCAUGGCCCACAGCUUCUCGAUUCGGGUAUCUACAUUAAAUUCACAUCAUAUAUAUUAAGACUACUUUCCUUCAAAUUUUGUAGCAUAUCAUCUUUUCUGACGAUAGUCUUUCUUUCUUCCUAUUCUAGUCGCUCUCUACUUCUAUAUUCAAUCCUCUCGAUCUUUUCGAUCUCUACGAUCUCUACGAACUUUUGUCAAUCCCUACUAGAGUCUGGACACUCUUUGAUUGUAAAUACAUACAUUCAUACAUUCAUUCACAAAUUUACUUCUUCCUUCCAAACUUGCAAAAAUGGUUCUCGCUACUUCUAUUCUCAUUCCUCUUUACCUCUAUCCUACUAAAGGUGCUUGGACCUGGGUCACCAAUGCCAUUGCAACUUACCCAUCCCUUCCAUUCACCAUCAUUGUCAAUCCAGACUCUGGACCAGGAGUUCUCCACGAAUACCCAGAAGAUGAAUACAUUUCUGGUAUCACCAAUUUGACAAAGUAUGACAACGUCAAGCUUUUGGGAUACGUGGAUACCAGAUUCAUGGACAAGAGUACUUCUGAAGUUGACCAAGAAGUCGAGACUUAUAAAUACUGGUCUACCUACACCAAAGCAAACAUCGCCAUCGAUGGAAUCUUCUUCGACGACGCAGUCAACGAAUGGACAUCCGCCUCUUCCGGCUACAUGACGGACAUCGCAUCCAACGCCCACGCUCUAAACCUCACUGUCACCUUCAACCCUGGUACCAUCGCCGACUCAGAAUUCUUCACCAUCGCCGACAAAGUUGUUAUGAUUGAAGAUGACUAUUCGGCCUUCACUUCUCGAAAGGGUGGUUCGUUGAACAAAAUCGCAGACACCCAACAAGGUCAAAGUUCGGUGAUUAUUUACGAUUUCAGCGGUUCUCAAUCUCAGCAGGAUAAUACCGUUAACUCUAUCGUUGCCUCUGGAGUUUCCGAGGUGUAUAUCACGACGGUUGAAUAUACGAGUCAGAGUAAGAUGUGGACUCAAUUCGUGGAUGCGGUUAACAGUGCUGUGGGGAACUAGAGUAUUAGUUUGGAGGUCGGUUGUGGGGUUCAGUGGGGCGGGCGGAGGCGAGGGAGAGGGGGGAGACAACGUCGAGCUGGUGAAUUGACGGAAAGUUGUGCUUGGAUGCUGGGGAAAAUCCUUCUUUUCUUGUUUUUACUUCUUGGUGAGAGUGCAGGUUGGGUUUUCAAAAAUAGGUGUGAGAAAAAAUUUACAUAUAUAUUCACACGAUGGAAGAUGAAAAUAGCAGAUUUGUGUGCGGAAAAUGACGA